GCGAGCUCCAAAUCCUUCCUCCCCCCCCAAAUCGCACGGCGGCGCGAGGCGAGGGCCGUGGCUGCUGCGGAAUUGAGCUCGAAUCGCGGAGGGAGUACGCGGCGCCGCCAUGGAGCUGAGCAUCGCCUAGGCGUGUGGUCGCGGUCGUCUUAUGGAUCCAGAUGUUCUCGUGGAGCCGUAAGCAGUCUUCCUCCUCCGGCCGCCGCGGCGCGGACGCGUCGUCGAUGGACUCCAGCAGCCGCGGCGGCGGGGAAGGGAGCGGGAGCGGGAGCCGCGGGCGUAGCUCGCGGCUGGAGCGCCGCAACGCCGCGAAGCACAUCGACUACGAGGCGGGGGCCUCGGCGGUGUCGGCGUGCGCGUCGUGGUCGUCGUCCACGUCGGCGGAGCGGUCGCUGGGGCUCCGGCCGUCGCGGUCGCUCGACCUGGCAGUCGGCGGCGGCGGGACGGACAUCCGCAUCAGCGGCAGCGUGGAGGGGGAGGUCGACGAGCUCUGCCGCAGCUUGGGUUUAUCGGGGCCGGAGGAGUUCGCGAUCCCCGCCGACGCCUGGGAAGCCCGGAAAGAGCGUUCUAACUCCGACCUCCUCCCCCGCUCCCGCUUCAACUCCUCGCCUCCCGUCGACGACCCCUCCCCCGUGGCCCGAACCGUUUCCGCCCCCGAGGUCAUCCAGAUCAGUCUUCCUCCCUCAUUCCCUGAUUCAAUUCCCGAGGAGUCCCUUCAUUCUUCCUCCAAUUCCACCGCAACUGAUUCGGCGGAGGAGCCCACCGGUGCGGCGCUCGCUCAGGAAUCCCCCAAGGCCGUUGCUGCUGUAGCACCCGUCGCUGAAUUGCCGCUGCUAUCUCCGAGGAGAGGAGGCGGCGAAGUCGGGAUCCGAGGAGCCCGGCCUCCCGUGCUCUCCCCUCCUAAGCCGCUCAUGCAGCUCGCACCGCCGCCAGGGAGGAUUAUGGCCAAAGACAUGAGCGGGGUGUCGACUUGGGACAUUCUGCAGUCGUUUGCUCCCAGUGAAGAGAAAAGUGGAGUGAGAACAGAUUAUGAACGUGCGGACGCGUCUCACACGUCGGACACAGAGGAGGAGGAGGAGGAGGAGGAGGGAGUGGCAGGGGUGGACGGGGAGAUGAAAGGGUUAAGGAUAGGAGAGACCUUUGAAGGUUUCACUGGGACAUCAUCAUUGUCAACAACAAAUGAUGAUGAUGCAUCCAGCACUACUACGGAGGCUAUGUUCAUCAUCUCGCCAAAUGGGAAGUUCAAGAGGAAGAUUAAGUCGUGGAUGCGUGGUGCUCUUCUGGGAAGUGGUUCAUUUGGGAUGGUGUACGAAGGGAUCAGUGAUGAAGGAGCAUUUUUUGCUGUGAAGGAAGUAUCUUUGCUUGACCAAGGAAGCAAUGCUCAACAAUCUAUUCUUGCACUUGAACAGGAAAUUGCACUACUAAGUCAGUUUGAACAUGAAAACAUAGUCCAGUAUUAUGGAACUGACAAGGAAGAAUCAAAACUGUACAUCUUUAUUGAGCUUGUUACACAGGGUUCUCUAUCAUCCCUCUAUCAAAAGUAUAAACUACGAGACUCACAAGUAUCUGCAUACACAAGGCAGAUUCUCAAUGGAUUGGUUUAUCUCCAUGAGCGAAACGUAGUCCACAGAGACAUUAAAUGCGCAAAUAUACUGGUUCAUGCGAAUGGAUCAGUUAAACUGGCAGACUUUGGGUUAGCGAAGGAGAUGUCAAAAAUUAAUAUGCUGAGAUCAUGCAAAGGAAGUGUUUAUUGGAUGGCACCUGAGGUUGUUAAUCCUAAAAAAACAUAUGGGCCCCAGGCUGAUAUUUGGAGUCUUGGCUGCACUGUAUUGGAGAUGUUAACCCGUCAAAUACCAUACCCUAAUGUGGAGUGGACAAACGCCUUUUUUAUGAUUGGAAAAGGAGAAGGUCCUCAAAUUCCCAGCUAUUUGUCAAAAGAUGCUCAAGAUUUCAUUAGCCAGUGUGUACAAGUUGAUCCAGAGAAACGGCCUUCUGCAUCACAACUUCUGUCACACCCAUUUGUUAAUAGGCCUCUUCGAGCUUCUUUUGAAUCUUCAUCCCCUCCUGCCAUCAGCUCGUAUUGAUAGUGGCGUGUUUCUGUCAGUGAGAACACUGCGCAGCUCAUGAACAAAUCUUCGUGGUUCCCACUCAGUUUCUAGAAAGAAACUUCUUGGGCUUGUUUAGGAUGUAGUUUAGCAUUGUAGUAAGGACUGGUGAGACAAGCAUGACCUUGCUUCUUGGAUCUUGGAAUAUUUGGGUGUUUUCUUGUGGAGGACAUUCAAUAGAUUUUGUACGAUCUGGUAGGGAAAGAAAUGCAAUUGCUUGCAAUGUAUUUGAGCUUCAGCCGUUGUAAUUUUUUGACAUCAUUAUUUUGCCCCAUGGUUUGUUGCUCAUGAAGCACCACCAAGAAUUCUCGACUUUCUUCCAUUUUUGGUGGGUCUGAAAUGCUUUUCAGCUGGCGACUUAUCAGCC